AUGUCAGAGCCAACCAAUGACAAAUCCACCGAGACUGAAGAAGCUGCCAGAAGCAACGCAUCAGCUGCUUCAAUCAGCAACAACAGAACGGCAUCCUCAGAAACUAGCACCUACCCCAUGGUGUUGGACUUGGUGUAUGACAAGCUGAUUACGAGUUUAUCGGUUAGUGUUGCCUGUGAUGUCCAUCGGCUGAUCAAGACAGGCCAGUAUCCUUCGUCCGAACUCUAUCUUCGGAAUCGGCGAGAGCUCUAUCCUACCUUGUAUAGCAAUGAAGAACAGGUCCAAGAAGCUGGACAAGCGUACUAUGCGAAUGCCUCGGAGCCCCGCAAACGCCGACGAUUGGCCGAUCCACCACACGAAGAGCCCUAUGAAGUAUACAUUCGAAAAAAUUCUUCUUCUGCUAAUACUAGCAAUAACAAAAAUUUGGAUUCGACCACCCAAGAACCAAAAGAUGUGGACAUGAAAAGCAAAGAACAAAAUCCAGACAAAGAUGCAACAAACACAACCACUGGCAGCUCACAGCAGCCUAACCAAUUACCUGAUGGAGCCACAUCGAAAUCACCACCAGUACUGCCACAAGUCCCCAGUAGUGCCACCAUGCCGGGACAAGUGCCAUCUGCCAUUACAAGCAGCAGCACUAUGGCGCCACCAGCACCACAACCGGCUGCUUCCACAGUGUCCAAAACAACGCAACCACCCAAGAAUACAGCUCAUUUGGACAUUUGGGGACGCUGCAAUCCCAAAGAACCAAAAGAAAUGAUGGAUUGUCUCAUUUGCGGACGACAAGUCAAUGCACUGCGGUUUGCACCCCACUUGGAUAAAUGCAUGGGCAUUGGCACCACGGUGCGGGCGGCAGCCUUGGCGGCAUCUGGGUUUGUGCCGCAACAACAGCAACAGCCGCCCCUCACAGCCAGCAGCAGUAGUACGCCAUCCGCAGCAGCCGCAAACCUACACAAAACAAAGUAA